ACUUCUGAAAUACUUCUUCUCUUUCAGGGUUACCAGGGUAUGGUUGAUGGAGGCGAUAAUAUUGUAGAAGUUUCAUGGGAAAGUGUUUCAAGUAUCCUGCAAGUGGGAGGUACAGUUAUUGGUAGUGCACGCUGCAAAUCCUUUCGUACCCGGGAGGGCCGCCUGCAGGCAGCCUACAACUUGGUUCAGAGAGGAAUCACUAAUCUUUGUGUGAUUGGUGGAGACGGUAGCUUAACUGGUGCCAAUCUGUUCCGUGAAGAAUGGAGCGGGCUUCUAGAAGAACUGGCACAGAAAGGAAAGAUCGAUGAAGAGGCUGUUAAGAAGUAUGCUUACCUUAACAUCGUGGGAAUGGUUGGAUCCAUAGAUAAUGACUUCUGUGGUACUGAUAUGACCAUAGGUACUGACUCAGCCUUGCACAGAAUCAUUGAAGUUGUGGAUGCCAUCAUGACCACUGCUCAAAGCCAUCAGAGGACAUUUGUUCUGGAGGUUAUGGGGAGACACUGUGGGUAUCUAGCUCUUGUUAGUGCCUUAGCCUGUGGUGCAGAUUGGGUAUUUAUUCCUGAAUACCCACCAGAAGAAGGAUGGGAAGAUACAAUGUGUGUUAAGCUGUCAGAGAAUCGUGCACGAAAGAAAAGAUUGAAUAUUAUUAUUGUAGCUGAAGGAGCUAUUGAUUGCCAUAACAAGCCUAUAACGUCAGAGAAGGUUAAGGAUCUUGUAGUUCAGCGGCUUGGUUUUGAUACACGAGUAACUAUCUUGGGUCAUGUGCAAAGAGGUGGAACCCCUUCAGCUUUUGACAGAAUUUUGGUGA